CGCGCGGGGCUGACGGAGGCGGAAGCGGCGCCGCGGAGGAUGUAGCGGCGCUGGCCGGGGGUCGCGGUGCUGUCACCGUCACCCGCCGCCGGCCCGGCCCGACAUGGAGGUUCAAGAUGCUGGGCAAGAGAUGGUGGCAUCUUCUGUCACACCAGGAUCAGGCAAAUCGAAGCUGGACACGUUGCCCAAAGAAGAUCUCAUCAAGUUUGCAAAAAAGCAAGUGAUGCUUGUACAGAAAGUGAAGUCAAGAUGUACAGAACUAGAGAAAGAGAUUGAAGAACUCAGAUCUAAAGCAGCUACUGGAGGAGCUGAUGAUAUUAUUCAGGCUCUCACAGAAAGACUGGAUGUUGUACUUCUGGAAAAAGCUGAAAGUCAGCAGCAGUGCUUAUCUCUGAAAAAAGAAAAUAUUCAAAGAAAGCAAGAAGCAGAGGCUGCAGUGACUAAGACGGAAGAGUUGCAGAAGCAACUAGACCAAUCAAAUACUGACUCUCUGAAAGAAAUAGAAGCUCUGAAGAGUGAAUUAGCCAAUGCACAAUGCAAAUACAAUGACGACUUAACAAAGCUGAAAAUAGAAUUAGAGGAACAAGUGAAGAAACAAAUGGGGCUGCUGGAACAGAUUGAAUGUCUUCGUGAUAGUGAAAAAGAAGUCGAAAGAUUACAAGAUGAUGUCCAAAGAAUUAAAUCUACUUAUGAGGGGCAGAUUUUGUGUCUGAGCAAGCAGCUGGAAACUGUGAAUGAAGACAAAGCCAAAGAAGUGACAAAUCUGCAAGAAACUAUUAAAAGCAACUCUCAGUGUUACUAUAAUGAAAUCAAUAAUCUGAAUGAAGAGCUUAAAAAAAUAAAAGUUGCCCAUCAGGAAGAGGUGUCAGAGUUGAUGCAUCGACUUGAAAUAUCUUCUAAAGAAAAUGAAGAAAAGCAAAAUCAGAUAAAUUGGUUACAGCGCAAUUUGGCAGAGGAAGGCUUAAUAAAAGAGAAAAAUGUGCAGGAUGAAAUGUGUGCUUGUGCUGACCAGCGUGAAUAUGACUUGCAGCAGCUGAGAGAAGUCUUAAAUAAAAAUGUAGAAAGCAAUAUAGAUAUUGUAGAUACACAAGAAGAACCUUGUGAAGAAGUGAAAAUGGAGGAAAAGGUUAGGCACCUGGAGCAUAGCUUAGAAGAGCUCCAGUCCCAACACAGCAUAUUAAAAGAUGAGUUAACUUACAUGAGUAAUGUUAAACUAAAACUGGAAGAGGAAAUCCAUCGCAUUAAAGAUGAGUACUUUCAUGAGCGGGAAGACUUGGACUUUAAGAUAAACGAAUUGCAGCUGACUAAAGAAGAUUACUGUUCUGUAAUUGAAAAACUAAAAUUGGAGCUUCAAGCAGCAAGAGAACACUAUGAAACUGCUGUAAAAGCACAUCAGUUAGAAACUCGGACUCUGAAAGAGCAGCAUCAGAGGGAAAUUUCUGAACUAAAUGAAACUUUAAUAUCUGAUUCUGAAAAAGAAAACAUGGCAUUAGUUUUUGAAAUGCAGGAACUUAGAGAACAACUUGAAAAGCUAACUCAGGAGAAAGAAGAAGCAGUGUCUAAUUACAGCAGCCUGAGAGAAGCAAUGGAAACUCUACAGACUGAGCUAGGGGAAUCUGCUGGAAAGAUCAGCCAGAAGUUUGAAUCAAUGAGACAACAGCAAGCUUCUGAUGUCAGUGAACUGCAACAGAAACUCCGAGCUGCUUUCAAUGAAAAAGAUGCUCUUCUUGAAACUGUGAAUCGCCUGCAGAAAGAAACAGAAAAAUUGUCAUCUAAUCAGCUAGAGAUAGAAGAACUUAAAUGUAAAAUCGUUAGUCUUCAGGAGGAGAAUAGCACAAUAAAAAGCUCCAUCAGCCAAAAAGAGGCUGCUAUGAAAGAACUGGAAGAGAAUAUCAUUGCUCUUACUGAUAGAAACAAAGAUAUUUCAAAUGAAGCAAAAUGCUUGAGUGAAGAAAGAGAAACCCUUCAGGAAAGGUGCAAGCAGGAACAAGGGAAAAUUCAGGAACUUCAGCAAGAAGUAGAUGUUUCUAACCAGUACAAUAGCGACCUGAAGAAAAAGGUGGAGGAAUUAACAGAGAGACUGAAUGAAGCUUUAGCUGGUAAUAUCGAAAAUGCUCGAACACUAGAGCAGCUGGAAAACAACAUUGAAUGUCUGUUGCGUGAAAGAGAGAACUUGUCAACUGAAGCAUAUACACUUCGUGAGGAAAGUAAGAAAAUCAUUCAGGAAAAAGAGAGAUUAAGUGAAGAGCUGGAAAAGUUUAUAUCUGAAAAAGAUGGUUGGUUAGUGUUGAAAGAGCAGUCUGAAAACUUAGAAAAGAAACUACAAAUGAUGACUGCAGAAAAAGACCAGCUGUCAGCAUUACUCGAAAGUGAACGAGUGCACAGAUCCCUUGUGAGAACUCAGCUGUACCACUUACUUGAGCAAGUGGGGUCCAGCGUCUUGGAUUCUAAUGAGGAGUAUGAUUCUCUUAACUUGUUAGAAAUUGCAAAUGAAUGCUGGGCAAAAGUGAAAGAAGAGCAGUGCCUUGCUCUACAGAAUGAGGAGAAAGUUCUUAAUUUGCAGCGGGAAGUUGAGAGACUAGAGGAAGAAAAUGCAGCUCAAGAUACAGAACAUAGGUCCUUGAUUGAGGAUUUUGAAAAAGAAAAGAAUGUCUUGAGAGAAGAAUUGGAAGGAGCAUUGUCUGAAAAAGAAGCACUUCAACAUGAUGUCCUGGAGCUGAAGAAUGCCAGUGAGAAAACAAGGACUGAAAAUCAAGAUCUGUUAGCUAAUAUUGAAAAGAUGACUCAAAAACUUGCUUUAUAUGAAAGCCAAUUACAAGAACAGCAAAAAGGAUCAGAAAAGCAAGACGACUUAAGUUUCGUUCUGGAACAAAAGGAAACUGAACUUAGAAAUGUGAAAGACGAACUGAGUUCACUAAAGAAUUUAAUGGAGACAUUGACUGAGAAAACCGAUCAGGAGUCUUCAGUAGCAGAUCUUCAAGAAAAAAUUGGAAGGCUGGAAAAAGAAUCUGCAGAAAAGGGAGAGAAGCUGAAUAAAAUUAAAAUUGUUGCUGUGAAAGCAAAGAAGGAAUUAGAUGCCAGCCGAAAAGAGAUGCAGACUCUGAGGGAAGAAUUGGAUUUGGUUCGAUCAGAGAAAGAUCAAUUAUCUGCUUCAAUGAAAGAUGUCAUUCAAGGAGCUGAAAGCUAUAAGAAUCUUUUGAUGGAAUAUGAUAAGCAAGGAGAAGAGCUGGAUUUGGAAAAAGGCAAAGCAAAUAGUCUUGAACAUCAAAUAGAUGACCUUAUGAGACAGCUACAGGUGUCAUCCCAGGAGCAUGAUCAGUUACAGUCUGUUAACGAAGACCUCCUGGCUCGUGUUGAAACACUGCAACAUAAUGCUAAGCUGCUGGAAGCUCAGAUACUGGAGAUACAGAGAGCCAAGGCAAAGGCUGACAAAGAACUAGAAACUGAAAAGCUUCUGAAAGAACAGAAGACAAAGGAGCAUAGUGGCGCUCUCCGAGAAGUGGAGGAGCUUCAGAUGCAACUUCAGAAGGAAAAGAAGCAUCUGCAGAAAACUAUGCAAGAACUAGAGCUGGCCAGAAAGGAUGCUCAGAAGAGUACACUGAUGGAUAUGGAAAUAGCCGAUUAUGAAAGGCUCGUAAAAGAACUUAACCAGAAGAUAACUGAUAAAGACAGCAGAAUAGAAGAUCUCGAGCAAGAGACGGGGAUUCAGAAACAGAAGCAAGAAACCCUACAGGAAGAAAUAAAGUCACUUCAGUCGACGAUGCAACAGGAUGAGGAAAGAAAUGCCAAGAUAAAACAGCUCCUGGUGAAAACGAAAAAAGAACUGGCUGAUUCGAAACAAGCUGAGAACGACCACCUGAUGUUGCAGGCAUCAUUAAAAGGGGAGCUGGAAGCCAGUCAACAACAAGUAGAAGCCUAUAAGAUUCAAGUGGCUGUACUAACAUCAGAAAAGCAUAAAGUUCAGGAACACCUGCGAACUUCUUCAGAGCAACACCAGCGUACGUUGAGUGCUUAUCAGCAAAAAAUUGCAGCGUUGCAAGAAGAGUGCAGAGCAGCUCAGGCUGAACAAGCAUCUGUUACAUCUGAAUUUGAGAGCUACAAAGUCCGUGUUCAUAACGUUCUAAAACAGCAAAAGAAUAAAUCUGCUUCUCAGGCAGAAUCUGAGGGAGCCAAGCAAGAAAGAGAACAGUUGGAAAUGGUGAUAGAUCAACUUAAAGUCAAGCUGCAAGAUGCUCUGCAUAAUUCACAGAUGAAUGCAUCUGAACUCCAUGCAUUGCAGUCUGAACACGACACCCUGCUGGAAAGACACAAUAAGAUGCUGCAAGAAACUGUUGCAAAAGAGGCAGAACUCCGGGAAAAGUUCUGCACGAUACAAUCUGAGAACAUGGUCAUGAAAACAGAGCAUGCCCAGAUGCUGAGUCAGCUGACAGCCCAGAAUGAAGCUCUCCGGAACAAUUUUAGAGAUCAAGUCAGGAACCUGCAAGAAGAGCACAGGAAGACAGUAGAGACACUUCAGCAGCAACUAUCCAGAGUAGAAGCUCAGCUCUUCCAACUCAAGAGUGAACCAAGCAGUAGAGAAAUGUAUCUUUCAGGUCCAGCUGUUUCAAAUCCAGCAACAAAGAAUUUAAGAGAACGACGAAAUACUGACCUUCCAGUUCUUGAUGUGCACACUGUAGCUAGGGAAGAGGGAGAAGGUAUGGAAACAACGGACACAGAAUCUGUCUCUUCAGCCAGCACCUAUGUGCCAUCCUUGGAACAACUUCUGAACUCGCCAGAAGCAAAACUUGAACCAUCUCAGUGGCAAACAGAACUCACCAAGGAUGAACUGAUUCAGAAAUUAAACACAACAACGAAGAGUGCUGAUCACUUGAAUGAAUUACUUCGUGAAUCAGAAGCAACCAAUGCAAUCCUAAUGGAACAAAUAAAGCUUCUUAAGAAUGAAGUAAGACGAUUGGAAAGAAAUCAAGAGAGAGAAAAGUCUGUGGCUAAUCUAGAAUACUUGAAGAAUGUUCUGUUGCAGUUCAUAUUUCUAAAGUCAGGAAGUGAAAAAGAAAGGCUGCUCCCAGUAAUAGACACCAUGUUGCAGCUCAGUCCUGAAGAAAAGGGGAAGCUGGUUGCAAUCGCCCAAGGUGAGGAAGAGAGUACUUCACGGCCCUCUGGGUGGGCUUCAUACCUCCACAGCUGGUCAGGACUUCGAUGAGAGAGUGGAAACGUUGAAUCUUUAAACACAUUCCACAGCUGCAAAAAGAUAAAUCUUAAUGUAGAACAAUCUGUUGGUUUUGUAGCAUUGAACUACAGGAUUUUAUUUCUGUUUGUUAUUUUCAGCUUUUUAGGCUCUUAAGAAAGAAGCCCUCAAUAGCCCUGGAAGUCUGUCCUGUGUUAUGCUCUGACAGCAGAGAAGUAUUGCGCUUGUAAAUGUUAAAGACUGAUCAGAAGUGUAGUGAGAUGUGAAAAAUUAAUUGCAAAUUGCUUGGAAACAGUUUGUUUUGUGAAACCUGUGACAGAUGUGUUGAUACUGAUUUUAAAACUUUAAUAUAGUAACUGGAAUAACUACACUUCAGACUUCAAGCAUUUCAAAGUGUUUACAGUUUCUUUCACAUGUUUUUGUUGGCUCGCUAAUUUAUAUGGUUAGUGUUGUUCUCUGCACCUUGAAGAAGUUAAAGUUAUUCCCUCUCUAGUCAUGUUUACAAAGUGUAAGAAACAGGAAUGGCAUUUUUUGCUUUGACUUGACAAAAUUUCUCAUCUUGGUUAUAUGUUUGGGGUGUUUUUUGCAAAAAGCUGGAUUGAAAAUAUAAAGACAAUGGUCCACAAAGUGUAGAGGGUGCCUAAAACUACAUGCAGUAUAAUGGUUGGCACCUCUGAGGCGGAGUGCUGUAGUAGAGAUUUGAUGACAUCUAUGGGCGUCUUGGGAUAGCACUCCAUGAAUAAGAGGUCAUAAGUGAGCUGAAGCUUUGGGGAAAGGGGCUUAAGCCAUGGCUUUUUACCCUGAGUUUGGAAGUUUGUGUUCAAGACCAGGAAGAACUGUUUCAUCACUGUUACGAUGCCUAUACUUUGACGGAAAUACUCAUAUUGACUUAGUCAUAUUGAAGACACUAAAGGAAGAAUCUGAGUCUGUAGGUCAGGCUCCUAACAAUAACUUCUGAGAGAAAAGGACAGAACUUCUGUCAAUAGAUGCUUCUUUUAAAUGUUCGAAUUAUUGAAGAUGUCAUAUCUUUCUCACUCCUCUGUAUUUGCACAUCAUUUGCACAAGUCUUAUGCUUAGAUGAGAUAAUCUCUUUUGCAGGUUAUUGACAGAAUGUAGGUUUUUUGCAAGAAAAAUACAUCUUUGCCAUAGAAUUACUUUUUCUAUCAUCAACACAAUACCUUAUUUUAGCCUCAGUCUUCUUUUUCCCCUUUCAGUCCAUGCUGCCUUUCACCAUCUUAAUUUAUUUGUAAGUUAUUAAAAUGUGUACACAUUUUUAAACCCUACUUGCCUUCCAAUGAGAAUAUUUCCACCUUUUUCACUCAUUUUUUCGUGCUCUCUGUGGUAUUUGAAGGUGAAUCACUCCCAAUAUGCAUACCAAUAUAUGAGGAGUAGUAUUCUUUCUUUCCUGUUUUAUCUUACUUCAGGCCCUGAGGAAACGAUGCUCAUUCCUUUAAUAUUGCCUUAUUCAGGACUGAGAUUCUGCUGUUCUUAUGUUCAGAUUAAAGGCAGCGCACAUUGAGAAAAAACUGACCAGUAACAGUGCUUAUGGUUUAAAUUUUUUUUGUGUGUAUUUCAGUACGCAAUCAACAAAGCCGACAGACUUUAUUUAGAUACUUUAAUUUCUUUCCACAGCUUUAAGCACCUUUCCCCUUCACCCUCUUCCCUUCUCACUCCCAGAUGCAUUCUAACUGGAAUCUUUAUGAUUUGUACUACCAGUGUUGACGUUGUCUGUAGAUUUUCAGAUCACAGAACUGAUAAAUGAUACGGUGGGAAUGAGCCUUCUAGAUAUCUGUAGUUUGGAAAUGUAGAUAGCAAACAUGAGGCUAUAUUUAGGGGGUUUUGUGUUUGCUUUUGAAAUGAUUACUAUAUCUUCAAUGUUCAUGAUUUGCUCCAGAUCUCAGAUGUUGAAUUCUAACUUCAUAUUCACAGCUGGAUUUGGUUAAUGUCACUCAAAAGAACACCAAAACAGAGCAAAAAUACAGAUUUGAAAUAUGCAUAAAAAUAAGUGCAAGUCAUUUUUCUGCUGUGAUUUUAACAGUGGAAGAAGUACGACUGGAAAGGUACAAUUUUGUCUUACUUAAUUCAAACUCAGUUUGCAGCUGACCUGAUUUAGUCUCCUCUGCACAGCUAUCUCUAAAGAGCUGUGACAAGUUUCUCUCAAAAUGCACAGAUUUCAUAACUGUAGAUUAUUUAACAUUGUGAACUGUGAAUAAGUGUAUGCAAGUAACAUAUAUCACUGGCCGUAUUAAAUACCAGUUGCUUAUUGACUUCUUUCAGGUCUGAGUUGCAUGCUCACUUUUUAGUAAAACUCUAGUAUUGUACUUAUGAAUGUAGUUGACACCUCUUGCAUCACUAUAUAUAUUUUUUUUCUAAAAUGGAAGGUUAAGUUCUUAAUUAACGUUAGAGCUAUUUUAAUAACUGCUACUAAACUGCAUUCUGUUGCGAAGAUUGCCAGAACUUACCUUUGUGGUAAUAAACUGUCUGUAAGAAAAUAUAUCAAAGUUUAAUAUGCACUUGUAGUAAAUGGCAUAGAAGAAUGUGGACUGGAAGCAGGAUUAUUUUGCAUAGAAAAGUUUUUAUAUGUCAUAUAUUUGCAUUUGUAAUGUACAGCAUUGUAGCUGUGAUUUGCUUUCAAAAAGCAAUUUAAAAUUGUAACUAGUACUGCUGUUUCUUGAUAUAUUGUGGUGCUCUUUUUUGGAAGAGCACUGUGCUGACUUUGCUUUCUGAUUCUUUUGUUUGUUUUCUUUACUGUGCCAUAUUACAUUAGGAUGUUUCUCAGAAAGUGUAACCCCUGCCCAAAGAGUUUACAAGCUUAGGACCAAAUUUUGUUCCUUUUUCAGCCUGCCUUCAGCCUAAGCCUAAGGAGGUCAUAAUAAAAAUUAAAGACUCUAAUGUUACUAUGCAGAGUAUAUAUUAAUUAAAAAGCAAAAAUUGGACUGAUUCAGAGUUCACAGGCCCGUGUGCGCACUGUAGCUGCAUUUUUUACUACCUGUAAUGGCUUAGAAAGGUGUUACGUGCCAUCCGUGUUCCCUUUACCCAGAAGGCAGUCAUCUGUGCAGGAGAAAUGCACUCCACUUGAAAGACAGGAAGACCAGUGCUUGUCAGGCAGAAGUGUAGAUGUGGCCAGCUGGAUUUUGGGUUCAGGGUGGCCAAAGGGAACGCAUGUUAGAAGUGAUAUAUGGGAGAGUAGAGUUGCUUUUUUCUUUUGUGACCUUCCUUCCCUAAAGCAUAACCGAGAGAAUACUUAGAUUAAUUUCUAAAUUUAAAUCUUCCUUUGGCUAUUGCCCUCCAUCCUUUUGCUUUAAUAACAAAUGAUACAUCCUGGAAUUGUGGAGGAAUGUUUAAAAACUCUCCUUAGUUUGUACUAGGUGGCUUUGAAGGCAGCUUAACCACCUGUGCUUCAUUUGGCUCAUGCCUUGGCUUUACCCAGUGCACCAAUACUUCCUCAAUUACCUGAUAAUUCUACUCUUCUUGGUACUGUGAAAAUACCUCCCUUAGGAGCCUUGCAAAUAGCAGUUGCCACCCACAAGCUGAGAAACCAAAUGUACAAAGAGAUUUAAGAUAUAUUUGUUGUAGUAAUAUCAGAAUUGCUAAUCUGAAUAGGUGUUUUGGUUGGAAAUUGAUCUUUGGCCUUUUCAUGUGGCCAUCACUUCAAUAAAAUUCACCUUUA